GUUUCAGUGGCUUUGCCCGCCGCCCUCACAGAGGGUCAAGCCCCAACGGGGAACAAAAGACUUUAUGACUCCGACUAGACUAACUGUAGAGUUACCCAAACGGUGGCAUACUGUCCGAUUGAAGCCCAGCGCUCUUGUUGCCCGUCCUCUUUCCCCCCCCGCUGAUUACGUGCGGUUGACCUCGUGGUGGGACUUACACAGACUAUCCUUCUCCUCAGGCAGUCUGUUGGUUUUCUUCUCCCUCUUAACUUUUCUUGUCGCCCUGUCUUAAACCUCCCCCGCUCAUCACCAUGCCUACCAUCUCCGUUGACAAGGAGGCGCUUUUCAAGGCGCUCGGUCGGGAGUAUGCGCAAUUUGUUCCCUUAUAUUCCCUUACUUCAUACU